ACUUGACACCUGCGUUUUAUUUCAAACAUUACAUUGGCGACGAGGAUAAAGUUACGGGGCAGUGAUAUUGUGCGGAUUGUGCAAUACGCUAUUUUUGUGUGUAUCGUCGGUGUUUGUGACAUUGUAAUUACAAUGAUGUUCGGAAAUACGGGUGUAUACGACGCGCGGAGCGGCGCGGUCAGACAACAUGGCGGAGCGGCAACAGCGCACGGCGGAGCGGCCGGUAUGAGAAGUUUGUGCGGUCGGCUGGCUGGGACUGGAAUGUGGCGCAGCGAAACUGCUGCAGCGAUCUGGCACGGCGAAGGCGAUUGUGCGGGGAGCUGGCGCGACAAGACUAUCAAUUCGGUCACGGCAUAUGGCGGUACAGCCGGUGCGGGAAACUGGCGCAGCGGAGCUGCUGGCGGUGCGCGCAGCGUGACAAGCAGACAUAGCUUUGCGGCCGGUACGGUGAACUGGCGCGGCGGAGCCGCCGAUGACCGGGGCAGCAGUAAGCGAUACCCCGGUUUGGGUAAAGGAGCGAGGGAUCAGCGCGAAGCGGUAUGUCGUUUCCGUUUGUUAGUAUGCAGCCUGUGCAGGCAGCGGGGGCAUCUGCGGCGAGCGUGUCCCGAGCGCGGCGGUAGGGGUGGCAGCGAGAGUCACGGCGCCGGACACUACGAUGACGGAGUGGAAGUGGUCUCCGAGGCAAUAAACCGAAGAACGAUCGUUAAUCACCUGAGACUGCACGAGUACAAGCCGGUUAGUGUACCUAUCAUUAUUGACAAUAUUACCAUAAAUAUGGAGGUCGAUACGGGCUCAGCUGUCUCAUGUAUCAGCAAUGAAACAUAUAAGAGGUACUUCAGGCAUCAUCGGGUCGAAGAUAGCGGGUUGUUCUUGAAUUUUUACGACGGCACGAAAGUUAGGCCGGUAGGGUUUAUAAAACCAAGAGUCCGUUGGGGUGACCACACGAAAAGAUACAAGGAUAUAUUUAGCGGCGGUCUUGGCCGUUUUACUGGCGGCAAGGCGACGCUGCGCGUGCGGGAGGGGGCAGUGCCGGUGUUUCACCGAGCGCGGCCACUGCCGUACGCGCUGCGCGAGCGCGUCGACGCCGAACUGGAUCGCAUGCUACGCGACGGCGUCAUCGAGCCCGUCGACUGCUCCGACUGGGCCUCCCCGCUUGUACCGGUCAAUAAAGCGGACGGCUCUUUAAGGGUCUGCGCGGAUUAUAAGGCGACAUUAAAUCCAGCUUUGCAGAUAGAUCGGUAUCCGUUGCCGCGGAUAGAAGACUUAAUGGUUAAGUUAAGCGGGGCGCGUUAUUUUUCGAAAAUAGAUUUAUCACAGGCUUACAAUCAGAUUGAGUUAGAUGAGUCGCGUAAAUACACUGUCGUCAACACGCAUAGGGGACUUUAUAGAUACAAUAGACUCGUAUACGGAUUGGCUUCGAGUCCGGGAAUUUUUCAGCGGAUUAUGUGCAACCUAUUCCGCGGAAUAUCCAAUGUCGAAAUAUUUUUGGAUGAUGUUAUAAUUGGGGGUAAAACUAUGGCGGAGCAUUUGGAGGCCUUACGGGAAGUUUUUAGUAAGCUGCACGAUGCGGGACUUAAAUUGAAAACUAGUAAGUGCGUUUUCUUAGUUAACGAAGUGCGUUACUUAGGAUAUAUAAUAAGUAGGGAGGGCAUAAAAACGGAUCCCUCAAAAAUAGAAGCAAUAGUUAAAAUACCCAGGCCGAGCAAUGUAACAGAACUUAGGUCAUUCUUAGGUAUUUUAAAUUUCUACGGAAAAUUUGUAAAGAACAUGAGUGAGCGUCUUGUACCAUUAUACGAGUUACUUAAAAAAAGUAAGGAAUGGUAUUGGUCCGCGGAAUGCGAGGAAUCAUUCAUAAACAUUAAAAAAAUAUUGUGUAGUGUAGACACAUUAGCUCAUUAUGAGCCAAAGAAACCGCUCAUAUUGACAUGCGACGCGAGUGGGCGGGGCGUCGGCGGCGUGCUAACGCAGAUCGACGCCGGCAGCGGUGGCGAACGCCCGGUUGCUUAUGCGUCGCGCACGCUGACCGACGCCGAGAAAAACUAUUCGCAGAUACACCGGGAGGCAUUAGCGAUCGUAUUUUGUAUUAACAAGUUCCACCAAUAUUUAUAUGGGCGCCAUUUCACAUUGCGUACAGACCACAAGCCCUUAGUAUCAAUUUUUGGGCCAAACACGGGGAUACCGACAAUGGUGGCUAGUCGAAUGCAACGCUGGGCGAUAAUACUCUCGGCUUACUCGUUCGACAUUGAAUACGUUCGUACAGAUGAGAACGGCGCGGACGGUCUGUCGCGGUUGCCAGUCUGCGGCGGUAAACAAAUUGAGCAAACGCCGCCCGAGCAAACUUACUUGCAUUCUAUUCAGGACUCUUUAGGUUUAGACUACCAUGAAAUAAAACGUGAGACGGGACGGGACCCUAUCUUAGCUAGGGUAUUACUUUAUAUUCGAGACGGUUGGCCCACUCAGUAUGAUUUAACAAAUUUGAAACCGUACUGGAAUAGGCGGAAUGAAUUAUACGAGGAGUUAGGCUGUAUAAUGUGGGGCCACAGGUUGGUGGUGCCCGAACAGUGUAAAAAUAAGAUUAUGACGAUUAUUCAUGAACCACAUAUGGGAAUAGUAAAGUCGAAGGCGCUGGCCCGAAGCUAUGUGUGGUGGCCUGGGAUCGACGAAGCGGUGGAGCGUGCUUGUCGGGAAUGCAUGGCGUGCGCGGCGCAGGCAGAUGCGCCGCCGCGGCAAACACCGCGCAUGUGGCCCUGGCCUGCGCGACCUUGGUCACGUCUCCAUCUAGAUUUCUUAGGUCCCAUUGCGGGAAAAACAUAUUUGGUUGUGGUAGACGCCAUGUCUAAGUGGAUAGAAGUUUUUCUUAUGACCGGUAUCUCUGCGAACUAUCUUAUAGAUCGUCUUAACGAAUUAUUUAGUAGAUUUGGUAUACCGAGACAGAUCGUCACGGACAACGGAACUCAAUUUACCUCCAAAGAAUUCGAAUAUUUUAACCGUCACAAUGGUAUCGAACAUAUUUUUACAUCACCGUAUCAUCCCUCGUCGAACGGGUUGGCCGAGAACGCAGUGAAAACACUAAAGCGGGUAAUAAAAAGAGCAUUACAGGAAAAACAAGACGUAAAUAGGGCUCUUUGGUCUUUUCUUUUGUAUUAUCGGAACGUCGAACAUUGUACAACCGGUGAAAGUCCAGCGUUGCUACUUCUUGGUAGGCAGAUUCGGACGCGACUUGACGCGAUUAGACCGGAUCGGGAGGGGCACGUACGGCGCGCGCAGCAACGCCAGCAGGAGGCUGCCGGCGGAGUCAGCCGGACUCUGGAUAGGACUGACGAGGUAUGGUACAGACAGUACCUAAAGGGGGAGAAGUGGCUGCCGGGCCAAGUAGUGGAGGUUUUAGGUAGUAGUAAUUUUAAGAUCAGAAACAAAGAAGGGGAAGUAGUGCACAGGCACAUCGAUCAGCUGCGAAGGCGACCCAGCGAAUGUAGGCGAUCGCUAGCUUCGACCACGCCCGGGUUAGGCGGACAGGCGGCCGACAGAGCGGAAUCUCGAAGGUCAGACCCCGAGGUCUCGGAGGCGGAAGAGGUCGUGUCGGAGGAGUCAAAGGAGCUGAGGACGUCACCGCGAGCUGGCAUCCAGCCGGCGUCGGGGCAGCAACUCGCUCCGGCUUCACCGGGCGGGGAGCGCUCGCCUUCCCCGGCCAGAGUUCGCCCUAUUAGGCAAUGUCGCCUAAAAAGGCCUAACUAGUUAUAGGAACAUUGAAAUUAGAUGUUUAUUUAUUUAUUUAGAUGUAUAGUUCUAAGGUUAGAUGAUUGUUAUGGUUAUUUGAGUUAUUAUUAAACUUCUUUAAAUGUAAUUGUUUUAGUUAUAAGAUUGUUCUUAAUUAAGUACAGAGGAAUGUUAUGUAGGUACCUACAUCUUCACCGGUCGGGUUAUACACUAAUGAAUGUACGUAUGUUAGUCAGUCGGUUAAUACAUCUUGGACUUGACAC